CUAUGCAAGUGAUCUGUGGCCAUGCCUCGUGCACUGCAAACAAGAAGAAGCAAGCGAGAGAGCGAAAGCUGAACGAUUACGAACGCCAUUUUCAUUUUAUGGCUUGAUUUAAGUGAAGAUAAUUUCUAUCCAAUAUGGACGCCCGGGGAAGAGGAAGAGCCAGAGGGAGGGCUAGAGGAGGAACACAACAAGGUGAAGGAGGAGCUCCUGGAGGACAAGGACCUCCUGGAGGACAACGACCUCCACAGAGACCACAGGGUGCUCCAGGGGACCCAUGGAGCAGACCUACAAGGCCACAACAGGCUCCACCUGCAGCUGCUCCACCACAAGCACCAACUCAGUGGGUUAGGCCACAAAUGCCUGCUCCUGCAGCAUCUGUUGGGAGAGGAUCGAGAUUAGGUGGUGGUGAUGUUCCCGAGUUAUCUUCUGCAGCAGAACUCGGAGGAGCCAUCCACACUCCAGCAGGUGAUGCUGACAACCAGACUAUGAGACGAGGUGGUGGCAAUGGUGGAAUUAGAGGUAGAAGUCUCAGAAGUGAUUUAAUUUUCACAAGACCUAAGGAGCUUGUAUCAAAACAGGGUACAAUUGGUGCUCCUAUUCAAUUGCUUUCAAACUACUUCCAGUUGAUUGAAGCUGGGAAAUGGAGCCUGUUUCAGUACAGAGUUGAUUUCAACCCAGAGAUAGAUCACACUGGACACAAAAAACGUUUAAUGUACCUAGCAUUGCAGGGUGUUUUACAAGGAUACAUAUUUGAUGGAACUGUAAUGUAUUCCAAUAGACGUAUUAAUCCAGACCCAAUGGAGAAAUUUGUGGAAACUGAAGCAGGUGAAAAAAUAAGAAUCACCAUUAGACUGGUAGGCGAUGUUGCCUGGGGUGAUUUCCAAUAUAUGAAUAUUUUCAACUUGAUUAUAAGACAUUGUUUGAAGCAUAUGAAGCUUCAACAAAUUGAUCGAGACUAUUAUGAUCCCCAUCUUAAGAUCUCUAUCCCAGACUAUAGGAUGGAGCUGUGGCCUGGUUUUCUCACUUCAAUGAGGCAACAUGAGAAAAAUAUAUUAAUGAAUUGCGAAUUGAAAUUUAAACAUAUGCGAAUGGAUAACGUAUAUGAUAUGCUUUUGGAGUGCCAAAGCAACAAUGUUAAAGCGGAAUUCCAGUCAAAAAUUAUCGGAAGCAUCGUAUUGACUUAUUAUAAUAAUAAAACUUACAAAAUUGACGAUGUUGACUUUAAUACUACCCCGAGUAGUACAUUUCCCAAAAAAGACGGCACUCAAAUAUCAUUUGUUCAAUACUAUCGGGAAAAAUAUAACAUAAACAUUCAGGUGCCAAAUCAACCAAUGUUGAUUUCUCGGAGUAAACCUAGAGAAAUCAGAGCAGGCAUGUCAGAAAUUGUACAGUUAGUACCAGAGCUGUGCCAGCUAACUGGUUUAACGGAUCGCCAACGUGACAACUUUCAGCUAAUGAAAGCUUUAGCUGAGCAUACCCGUGUUGGUCCAGCACAAAGAAUGAAAAAGCUGGAAGAAUUCAGUAACAGACUGCUGAAGUGUCCCGAAGCUGUUACUGAAUUAAAAAAAUGGGAUCUCAAAUUGGCGGACCAAUUAAUUAGGUUCAACGGUAGAGUUUUACCCCAAGAACAAAUUGUUGGUGGAAACAACGCCAAAUAUCCAGCUGGCCAACAGGCUGACUGGACCAGAGAACUUAGAAAUUUGCCAAUGUUCGUACCAGGCAAAAUGUCGAAAUUUGCCGUAGUUUGUCCACAAAAAUUUAGAAACAAUUGUGGAGAGUUUCUACAAUGCCUACAAAAAUCUGCUCGAGGGAUGCAAUGGGACAUUGGACAACCCCGCAUCUUUGAUAUCCAAGACGAUAGGGCGAAUUCAUAUCUGGAGUGCAUAGAAAAUUUGAUAUCGAAAAACAAUCCAGAUAUGAUCAUGUGUGUGACUCCUAAUAAUUCUGCAGAUAGAUAUUCUGCAAUUAAAAAGAAAUGUUGUGUUGAUAGAGGAGUUCCAACGCAAGUGAUAUUGGCAAAGAAUUUAAGUUCCAAAGGUGUGAUGUCAAUUGCUACAAAAGUAGCUAUACAGCUAAACUGUAAAAUAGGAGGGGCACCGUGGACUGUAUUAAUGCCUCUUUCCAAUUUAAUGGUGGUUGGAUACGAUGUUUGCAGAGAUACAGCAAACAAAGGAAAAAGUUUUGCGGCCAUGGUGGCUAGCCUGGAUAAACAAAUUACGAGAUAUUUUAAUCACACUUCUGAACAUGCACUUGAAGAAGAAUUAUCUGAAAAUAUUGCAGCGUUCUUAAUUUUGGCCUGUCAGAAAUUUAAAGAAUUAAACGGACGCUAUCCAGAGAGAAUUCUGAUCUACAGAGAUGGUGUGGGAGAUGGUCAACUCCCUUUUGUUAUUGAACAUGAGGUCGAGAAUAUAAAGAAAAAGUUAACGCAGGAAAUUUAUAAGAAUAACGAUUUGAAAAUGGCGUUUGUAGUGGUCUCGAAGAGAAUUAACACACGAAUAUUCACAAGUAAUGGAAAUCCACCUCCAGGAACUGUUGUGGAUGAUGUAAUUACUCUACCUGAAAGGUAUGACUUCUUUAUAGUAAGUCAAUGUGUACGCCAGGGAUCAGUUUCUCCUACAAGCUACAAUGUAAUAUCCGACAAUUUGGGACUGCCUCCAGAGAGGCUACAAAUUUUGACAUACAAGUUAUGUCAUAUGUAUUACAACUGGAGUGGUACUGUCCGUGUACCAGCUCCAUGCCAAUAUGCUCAUAAAUUGGCAUUUUUAACAGCCCAAAGUUUGCAUAGGCCAGCAAACAGAGCAUUGGAAAAUGUUUUGUAUUAUCUUUAGAUGAAGAUGCAUUUGGUGUUUUUCAUGAAGCCACCCUUUUUUAUUUCAUGAAGCCACCCUAUUUUUAUAUAUUAACCCCUUGUUUCUUUUUUGUUUACUGGAAAUGCCAUAGUGUUUCAAAUAAGAAUUUAAGUAUUUUGUUUUUUUUUUUUUUAAUAGUAUUAAGAGAAUGUUACUUGUUUCAAUUAUUUUUUCUUAUAAAAUAAAAUGAAAGUUUUUUCAAUAAUGUUAUUAUUAAACAGAAUGCCCAUGCUCAAUGUCAUAACAAUUCAUAAGAUCAUUAUAAAGUAAGAAUAUUCAGUUUUAAAAAGCGAACUCAACGAAGUUUAAUGGCUCAAAAAAUAUUUUUUAAGUUUUCUAAAUAAUGUUCAAUAUCACCUUUUUUUGAUGUAAGAUAACUUUUCAUUUAACAUUGUUUAAAUUGUACCAAUUUGCUCCUUUCUUACAUCAUUGUUGGUCGUGAGUCCUAACUAAUAUGCAUAGGAAAUAAUAGAAAUUACUAUUUCAAUAUAAAAAUAAGUUUUUUUUAAGAUCAGGCACAUCAAAUUUCGUUUAAACUAGUGAUGACAAUUUUGUUUCCAAUAGAUAAAAUCCCAUCGUCUGAGCAAUUAAAUUUUAAGUUGCUUUUAGCUAACAAUUUGAAAUACUUUUUACUUUAUGAUCAUCUCAUAUAAAAAUCUCAAUAAGUUUAUUUAGAUUUUAAACACAAAAUAGAUGGAAAGGAAAUAAAUUCCACUAUUAUUCUUUAUUUUUUACUUAAAUUCAUAAGAAUAUACCAAAAACCUGCUUGAAUACACCUAAUAUUUUAAAUUUUUAUCAUCUUGCAAACAAGUCAUCCACAAAAUGUAUUUCUGUUGACUAACUAUACAUAUUGACGUAUUUCAUGAAGACACCCUAUGGCUCGUCAGAAAUAAAGAAUUUUGAAUUUUGUCGUUUUUAAAAUUGUUUUUAAUUCCCAACGAUAAAUGCCUUAGUGUUUUAAGAAAUACUUUAGUUUUUAAGAGAAUGUUACUUUGUUAUAUUUUUAUAAACUUUCUUAUAAAAUAAAAUUAUCAAAAAUGUUUUCCAAUAUUUUAUUGAAAAUACUUACGCUGGUAGUGGUAAAUUUACAAUAAGCUUAUUUAGAUUUUAAAAACUAAAAUUACAUCCAUAAAAAAAAUCUUCAAGUACUUGGGUAUUUUUAACGGCUCAAUCUGCAUAACUUGGUUAAUAUUGGAUCUUUCCUUUUGACUCUUUUUAAUUAUGUAACCAUACUUUUGUGAGAAAUGUGCUUCAUACAUAAGAAUUUUUUGUUUUAGUUUUAAGUAAAUGUUACUUGUUUUUAAUUACUUGUUAGUUACAUUUUUAUAAACUUAUAAAUAAAAUUUCUAAAAGUUUUGUUUUUGCAAAUAUAUUAAACAAAAAUGCAUACAAGUAUAUACGAUCACAAUAAGCUUAUUUAGAUUUUAAAAACUAAUAGUGAUGGGUCGCUCAAAAAAGUCUACACACGUCUGAAAUGUGAACAAGUUCGAGCAAACUUUAACAAUUAAAAAGUGUGCCCAUGAACGAAAUGAAGAUUUGACUUAAUAUUUCUUAUAAACAGGAAAAAUAGCGAAAAAAGUAACAAAUGACUACUAAUUUUUAUGUUUUAACGAUUUUCUGAUUAGUGAGAUUAUAGCCUCCAAGAUAAAGUGAUUAUCCACUCAAGUAAUUUGAAAUUUAAACAUUUUGGUUUAUUUUUAUAAAUAAAGGAUCAAAAACUUUAUAAUAUGUAUUUGCUGUAAAGUUUUAAAAAGUAUCAUAAAAUUUGAUACAUCGCUCUACAAAUAAUGCAAUUUUUAAUAUACCAAUUUUAAAAUCAUUUAAACUAGUCGGCCAUAUAGGAAAAUAAAAAGAAAUUAACAAAAAUUUGUUAUAAAGUAGAUAAAAAAAAACAAAAUAAACCUUUUUAUCUGAAUCCAACAAAAUAAAAAGACGAUCUUGACAGGCUUGCAUAAAACGGCCUUGACUACUUUAUACUUUUCUUUUAAAGGUCGACUACUUUCCACUUUUUCGGGCAUGUCUGUGCGGUUCGACUAGUCUAAAAAUGACUUCAUGAAAAGACCCAUCACUGAAAAAAGUUAAAACCAUGAAAAAAAACAAAAAUGAAGUAUUGUAUGUAGAGUAAUAUUAUUCCCAUUUCCAGUCCAGUAGCUUCAAGUACUCUGUUUCUGAUAUAUCAGCUAUUUUUAAUGUUUCAAGAUACAUCUAAAAAGUAUAAAGAAAAUUAGUUUUCGUAAUACGCAGGUGCGGAGGGUUGAUUUUUUUGUGGAGUGCAAGGUGCAGAGGUUAUAAUAGUAAUAAUUAACAGCGUUAUCCACUACGCUCCUAACUCAGAUUUCAAAUCUGCUAAAUAAUAUGCGAUGCAGUACUUUUCAGCCCAAUUUGGCAACGACGGCGCUCGAUGUUUGAAGGCUUGUUUCUCCGAGAUAUUCAAGUUGGGGUCGGUUGCGCGUUUUAGUUUAUAGUAUAGCAAAAGUUAGUACAACAGUCGCUUAUUGCUAGAGAUGUUAAAAAUUGGCGCAGAACCAAAUCAGACCCUACAGGUAUUAUGGAUAAUAAAUACGUAGUAUAUGAAACGGCCACGCACGACAUUUUUGAGUACCAUGUUGGUAAAGACAUUUUUUACAAUAAAAAAUAAGCAAUUAAUAAAUAUUUCUAUUAUUUACAUCACCGUAGAUUGAAAACUAAUUGAGCUAUCGGCUUGAUUUUUUUAUGAUAAAGUAAGAACAUGACCACAAGUUUCAGAAAAUAUAAAAUAAUAGCAUGCAUUAAAAACAUAAAAUACCUAUAUAGAUUUAUUUCAAAAAUACAAAAAUAUUUUGAUUUAAUUACAAACAAAAUCAAUAAUUGUAGAUUAUACGUAGAGAAUCGCAGGUACCAGAUAAUUUUUUGCCUCAUUGCAUCUUGUGAUGUUAACUUUGAAGCAGAAGCAGGGCAUUUAAUUUCAAUUAUACAAUCAGUUCCUACCAGAACCAGGCCAUCAGAACUAGCUCCUAAAUAACAAAUCCGGGUCGACAAACAAAACCACAAUUUUCUACAUGCAUAAUAAUUUUUCUGAAAAUUGACUUGUGCUAUUGUUUUUUUCUAAGCCAUAUCUUGUAUGUUUAUUUCCCAUGUGCUUGGAAUAAAGCAAAUGUUAAAUUUUUUACAAUUUGUUUUUGGCCGCAUUUUACAAAUAGUGCCAAAAUUAGAAGCAGUUAUGCCUACAUUUCUAGCUUGUUUUCAUGUAGGAUUUUCUCCUUAGCUUCUAGUCUCUUUUUCAAUCAAUUCUAUUUCCAGAUAAAUAUUUUGUUAUUCUUUUAAAAAAAAAUUCAUUUUUAUUUUAAUACUCAUCAUUUAAAUCAGGUAUUUAUUAUAUACUCAUGGUUAAGAAGACCAUAGGUAUUCUUUAUCGGGUAAGGCAUUUUUUUUUUGACCGUCAGUCAGUUAUACGAGUUAUAUCAUGUGAUAACUACGAGCCUCUGAAUAAAAUCAAAACUGUCAUUUAACAAAGAAACAUUUUAUUAACCGACAUGCGUGAUUUUUUCCAUGACAUAAUUUAGCAUUUUAUCACAUGUCAUGAUAGCAAUUGAUCAUUAAAUUAUUAUUUAAUGAGUGCUAUAUUAGGUGAGAUUUAAUUAGGACUGGGCCAUGUGGAUCUGUUGUGGAUAUAUUUUAAUCGUUGUUUAGAGUACCUUGUCUAAAAAUGCCACAAUAAGGAUACUUACACUUUUAAAUUAUUCUAAAAAUCAUUGUAGGAUUUUUUACAAAUUUUUGUUUUGAAGGAAAACCGUAUUUUUUGUUUCCAAUAUUAUAUUAUUAAACACACUAUCAUACCAACAACGAUAACACAUUUUUUUAAACUCUGUCACUCUCUUGCAAAUGAAAAUACUAUUAGUACAGGAUCCGUAAAUAAUGUCGACCUUCACCCAUCUGUUUAAUGGAUAAAAGUUUUUUUUUUAUUAAACAAAAUUUGUUUUUAAAUAUACCGCAAAUGGGUUGCCUAAGAAAAUACGGUCAGGGACAUUUUUUGCUUUCCUUUCUGUGUACAGAUAAGGAAAGUUUAGGAAUCAUGAUAAAAGUUGCUUAUGAUGCCAUUCUCUAUUAUUUUGUUCCUAUACAUAAUUUCCCUAAAAUGGACCUAAUUCGAGAUAUUUGAGGAAAACUGCAAAUUUCUAAUUUUGAAGACAACC